AUGGCGGACGAAGCCGACGAAACGUGGAUGAAAGAAGCUAUAGGAUUGGUAGGAAACAAUAAUCUUUGUUCCAAUUUACUAAAACUAAGUGUUUCGCAAACCCUCGCGAGACUUGAUGUGCCACUCCAGUUAAGCCCUGACAGUUUCGUUAGGACUUGGAUGGGUUUUGAAAACUCGUAUUUCUUCCUGUUUGUGAUCCCUUAGUGAUUUCUAAAUGUUGUUUUUUUCUUCUUAUUCGCUAUAAAUUGCUCUAUUAAUGAAAAUCCGAGCUUUGAGUCUCGGCAUUUUUUUUCUCAAAAAUGAGCUUUGAGGAGUUCUUAGUUAAAUGUCUUGCCUAAACAAUAAUAGGCCAUUUCCGAGCACAGGGCACCCACUCAAACUUUGUGACGGUUGUAAUGUUUAAAUUUAGAGGAAAUGUAUCAGUAUGGGAAUAUCGAGAACGUUCAUAUUAUCGUAACAUAAUGCGAUGAAUUUUCAUAUACAAGAUGCAUCCCAUGGGAGGGAAGCAGAGUAAAAUGAACAGCGGUGUACUUUCCAGUCAACGAACAAUCACAUCAAGUAAGUUUAGCUUCUUAGAGUUAUGGUUAACACUCUCGAUCGAUCAACGUCCACUUUACACGUUUACAAACCUACCAUCUUUAAUAGAGACUUUCUGUAUUGUGGAUGUUUCCACUGUUUAUUUGGCCCUGCUUCCCUCCUGUGGGAUGCAUUUAUGAAAGGGUAUUGUUUGUUGUCAUCCAAAUAUCAGAAAGGAGCAAGUGGUGUGACUGUUACAGGCUGGCACCCGAAAAUCUAGGAACAGCUCAAUCGAGCUUCAGUUGCUGGAUUACUCUAAAUUAUUUGAGCCCUGACACUUCAAGCUUUGGACAGAUUUCAAAUGUAGUGGCACAAGAAGAAUCCUCAGGCUUUCAGUUUGCCUGGUGUGUGGUUUGGAAGCUGUGGGAUGGGAAUUUGUCAGUGAAAAUCAGCUCAGAGCUGGACCGGUCUAGCACUAGGGGUCGCCGAGUUUUCCUCCCUUGUCUCUCUACUAUAUGCUUGGGUAAACAUCGAAUGCAAAGCGCUUCAAAUUAUUUCCAGCUGCAAGAAUGGCAAUACACAACAUUUCAGAUAAAAGGGCGUUUAUUUUGAUCUUAUAAUAAUAUAUAAAAAUUCAUCGCAUUAUGUUAUGACAAUAUGAACCUUUUUGAUAUUUCCGUACAUUUCCUUUAAAUUUAAUCAUUACAACCCUCCUCGUUCGUUAACAGAAUUAACCAGACAAAUCACUCCACCAACUAAGAAUGGCCAUGCAACACCAUCCAUAGAAUCAAGAAAGAGCUCUCAGUCUGUUGUGUGGGUUCCCUGUGUUUCUGAGUUGCCCCAAGCCCCUGUUUCAAAGUGAGGCUGAGUGCAAAGCCAUUGAUACAAAAAUUAUUUUCUGUUCUCAUGCAAAUUAAAAUCAUUUUCUCCAAAAAGGUUUUGCAUUAAGCCUCAUUUUGAAAGUUGGAGUCAUUGGAACUCGGAAAUGGCAUAUUCAAUUUUAUCUCUAAUUUGUUGUCUAUUAACACAAAUGAAAGGAAAAUGCCACUUGCUUGCCCUCCCCUAUACUGAUAUCCAGGGGGGUACUCAACAAAUACAGGGGGGUCCCACCCUGAGAUCCAAACCUAUACCAUUUUUUAUAUAGUUGAACCUCUCUACAAUGGCCACGUUGGGGACAGAAGAAAGUGGCCAUUAUAGAGAGGUGGCUGUUGUGAGAGGUUUAAACAAUAGUGAAUGUAUGGAUUUUUUACCAAAAAAAAUGGCCGUUGUGGAGAGGUGGCCUUUAGUGGAGGUUGGACUGUGCCUUUUUUGACAGAAAAGGCACCCCUUUUAUAUACCUCUCUUUGACAAGACGGUACCCAUUUCACAUACCUUGUUCAGAACAUUACAUCCCUUUCAACUGCUGUAAAUGCACUUUCCUUUAAAUAUGAAUAAAUCACAAACUAGACAUUUUUUGGACUUUUUUUUAGCCAUAAAAUCCUUUUGUAGCCCUUUUAAGUCAUUACAGCCUGAAAUGACAGAUUUCGCAACCCUUUCAUAUACUUCAACUAGUGAAAUCCCUACACUUUCAUAUACCUGAACCCUGGAAAAGGUAGGGUGGAGUUUCCCCUUAUAGGGCAUUAUGACGAGUAACCCCCCCCCCCCACAGCUGAGAGACUGUAGAUGAUAAGUGGGUCUUUACUGAAUUUUUCGUAAAGGCCAGAGAUGCUCUUGAACAAGGAGAAGUACCUGUGGGCUGUGUGAUAGUGUAUCAGAACCAAGUUAUUGGUACAGGAAGAAACCAAGUCAAUGAAACAAAGAAUGCCACAAGACACGCAGAAUUAGUGGCCAUUGAUCAAGUAAAGACAUGGUGUAUGUCAAAAUGUCUUAGUUUUGAAGAUGUGUUGCACGACUGCUGUCUUUACGUGACUGUUGAACCCUGUAUUAUGUGCGCAGCAGCACUGAGAUUUGUGGGAAUUCCAAGAGUAGUAUUUGGAUGUGCUAAUGAACGAUUUGGUGGAUGUGGUUCAAUCCUGAACAUCCACACCGAUGAUUAUUCCAAGGAUAUAUGUCAAAAUUUUGUACAAGAAGACAUUUCACCAAGAGGGGAAACGGCACAAUGUAGUAAAUGUAAUGCGGAAUCUCUUCAAAGAUUUUCCAAUGCCGGAGGUAAUGAGAAAUUAAUGGACCAGGCCUCGUGCAAGAAAAAUACUAAUGUUACACCUGACUUUGCUGAAGAGAGGCUUUCUUAUCCCAUAAAUCAUGUGAACGAUAUCCAAAAAGAAAACUCACUUCAAGUCGGUUAUGAUGAGUCAGAAAAGCCACAUGAGUGCAUUUGUAGAGUCCCAUCAAGCAAGAUUGGAAAGCCAUUUGAAUGUGUUCCCUUCAUUUUAGCCAACACGGCAGUCCACUUAUUAAAAGAGUUUUAUAAAGGAGAAAACCCCAAUGCACCCGUACCAAAAGUAAAAACAAAACGGCAGAAAUAA